AACCGAUGGUGUUGCCUCUGGACUUGGAUGUAAAUGGAGUAACUGCAGAGUCUGCAAGUGAUGCCAUUAUUGGCAGUUUCACUUCUAUACUGCUUCCCAAUGCACUUUAUUUUAUGAGAAUUUAGCAUCUAUUCUGCUGUGACUUUCUGUUCUCUGGGUGGUUCCUCAAGUUGUGGUGGCAAGUAAAUCGGAAGCUGGGUGUGUGCCACCUGAAAGUCACCGUUGAUACUGCUUUGAUUUGAUCUGUAGUUUUUGCCCCAUCUUCUGCCCCCACGUACAGGUGCUCAGGCUGGAUUUUGGACUGCUAAAGCGCGGAGCGGACUGGAUCAUGGGGAAUGCAGCCGGAAGCCUGGAUAUGUUCCAGGCCCGGGAUACAAGGGGACAGUCCACUUCUGGGACUCCACCACAAAAACAGAAAGAAGGGACACCUUCCAAACUACCAAGGCCAAAUUCAGUAGAGCUGGAACAGAGAUUCAAUGUGGUUUUGAAUGCCAUGAAUCUUCCACCAGACAAGAUUCAGGUUCUGCGCCAAUAUGACCAAGACAAGAAGUGGGAACUAGUAUGUGAUCAGGAGCGCUUUCAAGUGAAGAACCCACCAGCAGCAUACAUCCAGAAACUGAGGAGCUAUCUGGACACAGGAGGGAUCAGUAGAAAGUUCAAGAGACGGGUCCAGGAAUCCACUCAGGUACUGAGAGAACUGGAGAUCUCCUUGAGAACCAAUCAUAUUGGAUGGGUAGAGGAAUUUCUGAGCCCAGAGGUUGGAGGACUGGAUGCAUUGGUGGAAUAUCUGUCCUAUGCUCAGGGUUCUUGCCCGAUUGAUACAGAAUGUUCUGACAAUGGAACCCCAGAGAAAUCAAAAUCAUUGCAGCGUUCCCUAGAGGACAUUAACAAGAGUAGUUCAUCACCAUCACCCACAAACACCCCAUCUCGGUCAAGAAACCUUACAGCCAGAUACAACCUGCACAGUCGGUCUACAAUGAGAAAUACAAAACAUGCAAAUAUGAAAGAUGAUGUACAUGUGUGUAUCAUGUGCCUGCGGGCCAUCAUGAACUACCAGUCAGGGUUCAGUAUGGUGAUGUCACACUCAUCAUGUGUCAAUAAAAUCACACUCAGUCUCAGCAACAAGAAUCCUCGGACUAAGGCCCUUGUUCUGGAGCUCCUAGCAGCUGUCUGUUUGGUCCGAGGAGGACAUGAGUUAAUACUCUCAGCUUUCAACUAUUUCAUGGAGAUGUGUGGGGAAGGUGCUCGCUUUGAGAAACUCAUGGAAUAUUUCCGUACAGAAGAUUCUAACAUUGAUUUUAUGGUGGCAUGUAUGCAGUUCAUCAAUAUUGUGGUACAUUCAGUGAAGAAUAUGAAUUUCCGGGUCUUCCUGCAGUAUGAGUUUACCCUGCUAGGACUGGAUGAGUAUCUUGAGAUUCUUAAGAACACAGAGAGUGAGCGGCUCCAGGUUCAGAUCCAGGCCUAUCUCGAUAACAUUUUUGAUGUAAACAGUCUCCUGGAAGAUACAGACACUAAGAAUGAAAUGCUGGAACAUGUAGAGGACCUUCAAGAACACUUGACUCGUGUCACAGAGAAACUGCAGCUAACGGAAAAUGAAUAUGUAAGGAGAGUGGCUGAAUUGGAAAAACAGCUAGACCAAUGCCGCCGUGAGAUGAGCUCCGCCAAGGAGAAGCUCGUUGUACAAGCACCCCAGGUGACCCAAAAUAUUGUGCAAAGGACAGAACUUGUGAAGCGUAGUGUUCUCUGGGUGGAACCUGCAGGGGAUACUUGUACAGAGGAAAUUUCUGACAAUACAUUCACCUCUGAUUUACCUUCUGCUGCCAGUACCCCUCCACUAUCCCCAUCUGCCAUCAGAAUCACACUGAUAUCGCCUUCAGUAACAAGUACAGAUGCUUUAUCCAGCAGAGGCAAUUCUCCUAGAUCCACUACACCUCCUGCUCUUCUGCCCUCCCUACCAGAAUCAUCAGAGAUCUUCUCAAUCCCUGCCCCCUCUCCAGUGCCUAGUUCAGAAGAUUCAUCUGACACUGCCCUAAAAGCAUCUAAGGUCAAUCCAGUUCCAUCCCCUCCAAGCAUAAUAGACCAAACUCAGACUUCUAAUGCCCAGUCCCUUUCUAGAACACAUGAUGAAAGUCCUCCUCCUCCACCACCUCCACCUCUUCCAUCAAUAGCUGAAAUACCCCCUCCCCCACCCCUACCUAUGUCGGCUGAUGUUCCACCUCCUCCACCUUUACCUGAAUUAUCAGGCAUACCACCACCACCUCCUCUCCCAAUGGGGGAACAAGGUGCUCCACCUCCUCCUCCCUCAAUGGGGGCACCAGGUGUUCCACCUCCUCCUCCUCCUCCUCCCUCUGGCUUUGGACCUGCCCCACCACCUCCUCCAGGUGGUCAACCAGCAGCCACAUUAAACACAGGUGUGAGUAUUAAGAAGCCAAUACAAACUAAGCUAAGGAUGCAAGUCCUCAAUUGGGUAGCACUGAAACCAACACAGAUCAAUGGCACGGUCUUCACACAUCUGAAUGAUGAGAAGGUCUUGCAGGAACUUGAUAUGAGUGACUUUGAGGAAAACUUCAAAACAAAGGCCCAGGGUCCAAGUCAGACCACAUUCUCCAUGAAGGUCAAGGCUGCUCAAAACCAGCCAAACAAAGUAUCCCUUAUUGAAACAAAUCGGGCAAAGAACCUGGCCAUCACUCUCAGGAAAGGAGGUCUGAGUCCAGAAGCCAUUACCUCUGCUAUCCAAAAGUACGACAUGCAAGCUUUUAACAUGGAUUUCCUAGAGCUCCUAGCCAGGUUUCUGCCUACAGACUGGGAGAGGCAGCAGAUCUCACGAUACUGCCGUGAUCAAAAGCCCCUUGAUGACUUAACUGCAGAGGAUCGUUUCAUGGUCCAUCUUUGCUCCAUCCCCAGGCUGGCUGAGAGAGUGAACACCAUGACAUUCAUGGCCAACUUUCCCGAUAUGGCAUCUCGUCUUAAACCACAAUUGGAUGCUUUGAUUGCUGCCUCCAUGUCGAUCAAAUCCUCCGACAAGCUAAAAGGGAUUUUAGAGCUGGUCCUGGCUUUUGGGAAUUACAUGAACAGCAGUAAGAGAGGAGCAGCAUAUGGAUUCCGACUGCAGUCCCUUGAUGUGCUGCUGGAAACAAAGUCGACGGAUCGCAAACAGACCUUGCUGCAUUAUAUGAUACGCGUGAUCUGUGAGAAAUAUUCCCAUUUAUCCAACUUCUAUUGCGAUCUAAACUUCAUGGACAAGGCUGCCACAGUCUCUCUGGAUUCAGUGUUGGCCGACGUAAAAUCCCUGCAGGCUGGAAUGGAACAAGUGCAAAAAGAGUUUACAAAGCAGGAUGACUGUCUCAUUCUAAAAGACUUCAUCAAAUCUAACAUGGAUUCACUGAAGCAACUGUCAGCGGACGCUAAGACUGCUCAGGAAGCCUAUGAUGCUGCUGUUGGAUAUUUUGGGGAGAAUGCCAAGACCACUCCACCGUCAACCUUCUUCCCCAUCUUUGUGCGAUUCAUUAAAGCUUACAAGCAAGCUGAACAGGACCUGGAAACAUGGAAGAAGCAGGAGUCCGCAGUCCAGGAGGCGAAGCCAGAAACUGCCGGGAAACAAGCGCCACAGUCCCCAGUAGUAAAAAGUUUGCGGCCACAGGUUAAUCUAAUGGCUGAAUUGAACAAGAAACUGCAGACAAAGGAACCACGCGUUUAUGAGCAGAACUGGGCCAUAGAGGAUAUUAUCACUGAUCUCAGGAACCAACCCUACAGACGGACAGACGUGGGAAGGCGGAGUGGAAAGAAGCAGAACAGUGGGCAGCCAUUGAACACCCCUGAUAUACAAGUCUAGGUGACAGCUCAAGCAUCAAGGAAACCAAUAUCUGUUGAAAUCAAUGGCAAUGUGCUGGAAAUCAAGGGGCUGGAAAGAACAACAUCACCAAAUAUAUGAAUAAAUCAAGUAAACAUCUGCCAAACACUGAAAGGAGUAUUUUCUAGUGGAAUAAAGGGUAUAAAGCAAUUAUUCAAAUAUCCUUAUUCAAUUGCUUACUCUUCUAUAGACUGUAUGCAUACUCCAAGCUAGCAAAGUGUAUUGCCAGUAACCGCACCGCUACAUGAGCCAGGCUAACUGAGGCAGAGAGUCAAGUGCCUGUAGCUCUGCUUCACUGUCAAGCAAUGAUCUACGGGGCAUUAGGGAAUUGACUGAGCUGGCUGUGCUUAGCACUGUAAUGUACAAAUGCAGACAAAUAAACAAAGGACAAGGAAAAAAAUGACUUUGCGUGGACCUGACUACUGACUGUAACGUUGUACACCCAAGGUGAGUCGGCAAAGCUUCCUGAUGAACUUACUGUACAAGAUCCAAAAGAGUACUCUCAAUUUAUAAACUUUUUUGAAACAUUUUGUAAUAAUUUGUAUUGAAUAAUAAAAUAUUCAAAGCA